AUGGCUAGCUAUCAAUUUUUUAGCUAUAUAGAUUUAUACAAAAUUAAUAAUGUCAAUUUAGAUCCUUUUACUGAAGUAUUUAAUGAUGAGUUUUAUUUGAAAUAUAUUUAUAAAUGGCCACAUAUGAACAUUAUUACAAGGGAAAUGGAUGAUCAUAUCAGCGGAUAUAUUAUAGGAAAAGAAGAAGGUCUAGAUAAGGAAUAUCAUGGGCAUGUAACGGCAUUAUCAAUUGAAGAAGAUAGUCGAAGAACUGGGAAAGGUAUUGAUUUAAUGAAUGAAUUUGAAAAAAUAUCUAAUAAUAUUCAUAAGGGGAAUUUUGUAGAUUUAUUUGUUCGUAUCACAAAUGAUCCAGCAAUAAGUAUGUAUAAAAAAUUAGGUUAUAUUGUUAACGAAGAAAUUGUUAAUUAUUAUUGCAAUAAUGAAAGUGCUUUGGAUAUGCGAAAGUAUCGUAAUGGAUAA